CUGCCGCCCCCCAACCCCGCCCAGGCCCAGCUGCAGAGCCAUGCCAAGCUGCAGGAUGCCAUCAAGGUCAUGCAGAGGUUUGCUGGGCUGCCUGAGACAGGAGUCCUGGACCCAGUGACUGUGGCCACCAUGCACAAGCCUCGCUGCUCCCUGCCUGACGUGCUGGGGGUGGCGGGGCUGGUCAGGCGACGGCGCCGGUACGCCCUGAGCGGCAGCAUGUGGAAGCAGCGGACCCUGACGUGGAGGGUCCGUUCUUUCCCCCAGAGCUCCCAGCUGAGCCCGGACACCGUCAGGAUCCUCAUGAGCUAUGCCUUUGCUGUCUGGGGCGUGGAGUCGGGCAUGACAUUCCAGGAGGUGGAUUCCCGGGACCAGGAGCCCGACAUCCUCAUCGACUUCGCGCGGGCCUACCACCAGGACAGUUACCCCUUCGAUGGGCUGGGGGGCACCCUGGCCCACGCCUUCUUCCCCGGGGAGCACCCCAUCUCUGGGGAUACUCACUUUGACGAUGAGGAGACCUGGACUUUUGGGGCAAAAGAUGGGGAGGGGACUGACCUAUUUGCUGUGGCUGUCCACGAAUUCGGCCACGCCCUGGGCCUGGGCCACUCCUCAGCCCCCAACUCCAUCAUGAGGCCUUUCUACCAGGGCCCAGUGGGCGACCCUGACAAGUUCCGCCUGUCCCAGGACGACCGCGAAGGCCUGCAGCAGCUCUACGGGAAGGCGCCCCAAACCCCAAAUGACAAGCCCACGCGGAAACCCCUGGCUUCUCCUCCUCCCCCUCCCCCGGCCCUGCCCCCGGACAGCCCAGAUCGAUGUGACGGCAAUUUCGACGCCAUCGCCAACAUCCGGGGGGAGACCUUCUUCUUCAAAGGCCCCUGGUUCUGGCGCCUGCAGCCCUCAGGACAGCUGGUGUCCCCCAGACCCGCGCGUCUGCACCGCUUCUGGGAGGGGCUGCCCGCCCAGGUGCGCGUGGUCCAGGCCGCCUAUGCCCGGCCUCAGGACGGCCGGAUCCUCCUCUUCAGCGGCCCCCAGUUCUGGGUGUUCCGGGACCGGCAGCUGGAGGGUGCAGCGCGGCCGCCCACAGAGCUGGGGCUGCCCCCGGGCGAGGAGGUGGACGCCGUGUUCUCGUGGCCGCUGAAUGGAAAGACCUACCUGAUCCGCGGCCAGCGGUACUGCCGCCCGGCCCCCUGCUCCCCGCGCGGCCUGAGUCUUUGGGAGGGGGCCCCUCCGGCCCCAGAUGAUGUCACCGUCAGCAACACAGGUGACACCUACUUCUUCAAAGGCACCCACUACUGGCGCUUUCCCAAGGGGACCAUCAAGGCUGAGCCGGACUCCCCCCAGCCCAUGGGGCCCAAGUGGCUGGACUGCCCCGCCCCCAGCUCUGGUCCUCACGUUCCCAGGCACCCCAAAGCGACCCCCAAGUCCGGAACUUGCGAUUGUCCCUGCGAGAUCAAUAAGGCGGCUGGUCGGCGGCCCCUGCCCCUCCUGCUGUCCCUCCUGCCUCUGCUGGCUGUGGGCGUGGCCGCCUGCUAAGGGGAAGCAUCCUGGGCACAGCAGCCCCUACGCCGGAGGGGACUGCCCCAGCUGGACCUGGGGGGCUGGUGGGGCGCUACAGCGCCUGAUCGUCGGUUCCCAGGGGUGGGGGCUCCCAUCACGACGUCCUUGGGCGUGUUCUCCGCCGACCUGCGACCCCACCCAGGACAGCCUGGCGCUCUGCUCUGCAUCCGCGGAGGCCUCGUCCCGCUGCAGUCACCCUCACCUUGGUAGAGACCCCGACCAGCCCCGGAAACUCCGGCUCGGAAGACUAGCGCUCCAGGUCUCACGGAUGACCCGCCACAGUCCGUUGACCUUGGUUUCGGCCAUCCCACCUAGGCCAUAGAGCCUGAAGCUGGGGCUGCCCAUUGAGUCCAACACCCUCCUGCGUGUGAAAAGCCUGCUGGCUCCCAAGACCACACAAGCUUCCCUCCCAGUCGGGGGUCUUGCCAGGCGCCUGGCUCUCAGGUGACAACUGGGUGGAAGCUGGGGUACCUCAUCCACCUUCACCAGCCCCCACAUUCAAAGCUGUCACUGCCUCUGGAACUAUGUUUCUGGAGGGUUCCACAGCAAAAUCACCCAUGAAUCGUAGAAACGCAGAUCGUGGACCCUCACCUGCCUCCACGCUGGGCUGGGCCGCCCCCAAACCUGCCUUUUAACAAGCUGGCCCCCAGGGGGUGAGGGGUUGUCAGUAGCCACUUGGUGGGUGUCCAUCCUCCACCCAGGGAGCCAGGCUGUGGCCAGCAGUCCCAACCACCAGAGGAAUUUUGGAGCCACCAGGAAAACAGCUGAGCCAAGUCAUCCUCCCCAACAUGAGGGUGGAGAACCUGCAUUUAGAAGCUUAUCAGGGAGCUGACAGGUGGUGUGGUGGUUAAGGGUGCUGGACUUGCACAUAGUUGAUCACAGUUCAAGUCCUGGACCUGGUGGCUUGCUUUCUCAUUCUCUUUGUUUCUUUCUUUCUUAGAAGUUUUUGCUA